GAAGGAGACAUCCAUUUAAUUCCAUCGUCUUCUUUCUCUUUCACUCAAGCUCACAAAUAAAAAAACGUUAGAGUUUCCAAAAGGAUAAAACAGUAAUGGAGAUUGCAACAAAACAAGGAGAUUCAAGAACCCCAUCUUCCACUUCUUCUUCAUCAGCUUCCUCUUCCAUCAUCAAUGGAUCUUUACAUCAACACAUCAUAACCAGAUCUGAUCAUUACCCGACAACUUUUGUCCAAGCAGACACUUCCUCUUUCAAGCAAGUCGUCCAGAUGCUCACCGGAAGCUCCUCCCCGAGAUCCCCGGACUCGCCGCGUCCUCCUCCUCCGACUCCUUCCGGCAAAAGUAACUUCGUGAUUCCACCGAUCAAAACAGCACAGCCGAAGAAACACUCAGGUAACAAACUCUACGAGAGGAGAUCUCACAGGAACAGCCUCAUGAUCAAUACGCUCAUGAUCGGCGGCGGGAACGGUGGUGCGGGGAGCCCGAGAUUCUCUCCGAGAAACCAGGAGAUUCUGUCGCCUAGCUGUCUUGACUUCCCGAAGCUAGCACUGAACAGUCCCGUGACGCCGCUGAAACACGGCGGCGGCGAGGGGAACGACUGCGACACUUUCGACAGGAUGUCGCCAUUGUCGGAGGAAGAGAGAGCGAUGUCGGAAAAGGGCUAUUACUUGCAUCGGUCGCCGAUUACAACUCCGAGAGAAUCUGAGCCGCAGCUUCUGCCGUUGUUUCCGGUGGCUUCUCCGAGAGUAUCGGCGGCGUCGCCGGAGAAUCGAACUUCUUGAGGAGAGGCGAGAGAGAAUGUUAAUAAGUUUUACUGCCACUGUAACUUUCGUUUUUAACUUUGCUCUGUUCAAUCUUUGUUUCGUCUUACACUUUUACUGUGUUGCCAAGAAUGUGUCAAUUCAGAAUAGUAUAAAAUAAAAUGAAGAAUAUGAGAGAAGUCAAAGAUAA